CACUACUAUCUGUCAAAUUUUAAGUGGAUUGUGGAGGAUUUUUGUGUGUUCGUGUAUUUUCACAAGAUUUUUGAAGAAUUGUAUACCUUCUUUAAUGUUGUAACCAUUGACAUUGAUAACAGGUAAAAACGAACUUUGUUUCCAACUGGAAAAAUCAUGAAGAAUAUUUUUAUGUCCACAAAAUAAAUAACAUAAUAUAACCUGAUAAGAAUUGAACACGUAAAGCAGUGGUACUUGUUUGAAUUUUAAUAUUUAUUGGGUACUGAGAUUCGUAAAAUAUUAAAAUGGCUACAAGAAAAAGAAGUGGCUCAGGAUCUAAGAGACAUUUGAAAGAAAAAGUGGUCCAAAUUUACGAAUCAUUCUUUAGAGGCGAAGACUUAACUACAGACAAUGUAACAUUCUGGGAUGAAUUUUUCCUCUUGAAACCCAAAAUACCACAAUUGGAAGCAGAGUUGAAUAAAUUAUCUGGAGAACAGUUGAUGAAUAUGAAAGAAAGCAUGAACUUAUUGGUGGGGCAGUGCAUAGAAAUGUUAGGUCAAGAACAUCAUAUAAGAUUGGUGUAUGCCCUUCAAACACUAAGUGCUUUAUUAAUAACAAUGUAUCAAAGAGUGGGCCAAGAUCCAACAAUAAACAUCAAAAGUAUAUUAAUAGGUCAAGAGGAUGCUGAUGGCAAGAUGCAAAGACUCUUUGAACAUUGUAGUACAAUUCUAUCUGGUGAUGUUCCAGACAGUUUGAAAUCUAUGGUGUUAAAGUUACUGCUGGUCAUAGCAACAGGCAUGGAAAAUAUAGACGAUAAUGCUCUAGUAGAAUAUUUUAUGCAGAACUCUUUGUUUGAAUCAUUGAUACAGCUGUUGUGCACUUCUACAGAAAGACAGCAACAUGGUUACGAUGUUGUCAUGCUAUUAAUGUUUUUGGUGAAUUAUAAAAAAGAAGAAUCAGCUAAUCCAUAUGUUGUGAAGCUUUCUAUACUUGAUGAUGAGCUAGCUUUAAAUGGAUAUGGCCAAGUCAUAACAGCAGCAUUGAAUGAUUAUGUAUUGUCCGUAUUCGGUGGUAUGCAAGGUGGAAGCGGCGGGGGCGGGUGGCUGUCCUCCCUAACUAGUAUGGUUGGGGGCAUAUUCCUAACCAGUGACGAUACACAGCCAGUUGUGAGAGGACAGAGGAAUAGUGGCGGUGAGGAGGGCAUGCUUCUGGCACUCUACGAAGCGGCACAUUUGAACAGAAACUUUAUGACGACAUUAGCGCAUUCGUCGUCUGCAGCCGCUUCAUCCGCGCCGCCAUCGCCCCCUGCGACCUUACCACCGCAUCAGAGCCCACCAAAUUUGUCACAGAUUCAAGCUCUUGACAACGAUCAACCAACGAAUUUACUAGUCACAUUCUUUCAAUAUUGCUCUAUAGUAAUGGCGGAUACGCGGACAGAAGCAAGUAUAAACAAGUGCAGUCUAUGUUUCAUUACACUAACUUGUAUUGUUGAGGAACAAUUCGCAAAUUCCAUUAUGCACGACCAAAAUCUUACUUUUAAGGUACAACUGUACAGGCUUCCAAUGAGACACAGAAAAAUUGUUCCAGAGGAACCUUCUUCACAACCAUUAGCUUCCACAUUAAUUGAUCUCCUAGUCGAAUUCAUAAUGUGCCAUUUGCUGAAGAAGUUCCCGGGCGAUCUAUACCAGCUGUGCAUCGGCGUGUUGCUGCGGCUGCUGAGCUACCAGAAGCGCUGCCGCGUGCGGCUGGCGCGGGACUGGCGCCCGCUGUGGGCCGCACUCAUCGCGCUCUUGAAGUUCCUAGUCGCUAACGAAACUGCACUACUUAGGAGACAUAAUAUUUUUAUAAUGGCGCAGCAAGUUGUUAAUAUAUUUAAUUUGUUUAUAACAUUUGGCGAUACCUUCCUGCCGACGCCUGCAUCAUAUGACCAAUUGUAUUAUGAAUUAAUAAGGAUGCAUCAAGUGUUUGACAAUCUUUUCUAUCUAGCUCUUCGAUACUCUACUGGUGAUGGCGAAUUUAAAGCUGAGGCGUUACGGCUUGCUAAUUGCCUGGUAAACGUGCGGGCCAUCAUACAACACUUCUCACCAAAGAUUGAAGUGUGGCUUGCAUCGCAGAAUCUUUCCACACCCACUGAAGAUCAGAUACUUGAAGUGGUCCGCAAAAACUACGACAGUUUGAUUUUGAAGCUGCAAGAAGGUUUGGAGUCGUACGAGCGGUACUCAGAGCGGUCGCACCGGCCGCUGCUGUCGCGGCUGGUGGCGGCCGCGCGCCUGCGCAGUGACGCCGCCGCGCUGCACCACCACACCGUCGCCGCGCUGGAGCACUACACCGCCGCCUACCGGAACAUCACCUGGACCUAAAUUGCGCAGACCACCACAGACAACGUGUAAAACCCAGCAUAUUAGUACACGCAGGUGUGUAUUUCGGAUUAAGCCUGUGUAACCAGUUUCCAAAUGGCUGACAUACUUGUGUGAUUGGCGAGGGAUGAUCACCUCUUGUCAAUCGAUAUUCUAUCUGGAUGGCAUUUCACUUAGGAUUAGGUGUAAUGGAAUAAUUAUGCCGUAUAAAAAAAUAUAUAAAGUAUUGAAUUGUUUGCUGCUAAAACCAGUAUUUAUGUUGUAGUUACCGUUGUUAUUUAUUCAGUUAUUAUCUGAUUUUCUUGCUGACAAGAUUGUACACGACAUUCAUUGGUAUUUGGUACUAAUGUCACAAUGAACCAGUACAUAUACGAAGUACGAAGGAAAAUGAAUUAUUCUGAACGAAUGAUUGACAAUACUAUGUAUACGGAAUUUAUGCGUCGUCAAAGUAGAACUUAAAAAAAAACUUGGUAACAUGUACAGAAAAAGUUACAUGCGAUCCACCAAUUAUCCGUUUUUAAUAUACUAUUCAAUGAACAUAAAAAAAUAAAUUAUAUUUAGGCAGUGUAAUAUUGCCCUUACUUCACGAAAGUGUGAGUAAUGUCAGUUUAGCUAAUUGCAUGCUAGUCAAUUUGAUUUUCCUGUAACCAAAAAAAUCAGAUUACAUAAUAUUAUUUAUGUCUAUUUUAUUAUGAAUUUUAUUCACAUUAUUACUAUUAUGUCUAUUACAAGCGUAUUUUAUGGUCCAUUACAAAAGUUCAACAAAUGGUCCAAAAAUCAUAUUAUAUGACGUAGAAGUAGUAUUUGAAUAUCUUUUUCAUCACAUGUUCACAUUCUUACGUUACAAUUCUAUUUUUCGGCUAUACAAAACUUAUUUAAAACCAUGUAUUAUAGGAGUAUGCCUUAUGGAAUUUUCAACAUCUUCAUAAUCAUGAAGACAUUAUAAAAAAAAAUGUGUUCAUCUAUGUUAGUAAGGAUCCUUUGUGUAAAAUUGUUAUUUAUUUGCUUUUACAAACAUUAGUUUCUUUUGUGCAUUGUUUGUGAGUCAAUGAUUAUAAUCAUUCUUUAAAUAGAAAAUACCUUAUUCCAAUAAAAUACUAAAUCAACUGGUAGUGGAAGAAAUCAUGUCCAGAGGUCGCGACACUGCAAUGUGAACAAAAUGAUUAAAAGACAAAGUGGAAGCUUCCAUAAACCCCUUCUCCUCGAAUUGAUUAGUGCGAUUUUUGUUUUUAAAUAUAUACAAAUAUAAUAUAUAAUGAUAAAUUGUAAAUGUAUUAAUUAAAUAAAAAUGUGAAAUGUAAUUUUAAUGUAGAUAUGCUAAGCCUAAAGGUCGUUGCGUUCUGCAUUACAUAUCAUAAAGCUUUUUUGUGUUAGAGUAGAGAUGAAUCAUUUGGUCGUUUGGAACAGUGAAUAUUUCCUUGAUAUGUUACUAUUAUGUAUAUUUUUAAUAAUAUGUAGAAGACUGAAUGUAUGUAUAAUGUAUGUAAAUCUAAAUUAUAAGAAGUCAUUUAAUUUCUACUUAUAUAAAACCGAAUACAAAGAGAAUUACUUAUUAGUAGUAAAUAUGUAUAAUGAGUGGAUAAUAAUGAUUACUGUGGUAAUCCUGUGAGAAGCUUAUAAAUGUUACUAUUGUUACAUUUUCCAAUACAGGCUAAUAAUUACAUUUAAUAAAUUAUUUUUUGUAAUUA